AUGGUCCGCGUGAUCCUCCAUCGGCCCCUAGUGGAGGCCCUGUUUGCUCUGGACGAGGACCGGCAAGAGCAUGCUGCACAGCAGCCGCCCGCAGCUCCUGCGGUUGAGUCGACCAGCCCCACGGCGGCGGCGGUGGCGGCCCUCCUGCGCCCGAGCGGCGAGGACCACCCGGUCUGCUCUGCGGUGGUAAUGGCAGCACAGGCCAGCAGCAGCAGCUUGGAGGCCACCGCACAGAUGCUGGCCCGCCUGGGCUACACUGUGCGGCUGCACACCUCGGCCGGCGGCAGCAUCUACCAGCUGAAGCACACCUACAUCACCGCUGCGCGCAACACGGCCAGCGGCGAGCCCGCCGAGUGGAUCAUCGACCCCAGCUUUGCCUCGGCCUUUGCCGUCGCCUGCCCCACCCCGCGCUAUGCACGCAUCCUGGGCGCGGUGCCGCCGGUGCUGGUGGCGCCGCUGCCGCGCCUGGUGCGCGCGCUGCUGCUGCUGGGCGCCGAGCUGGCGCGCUGCUUCGAGGAGCAGGGCAUCCCGCUGCCGCCCUGGCGCCGCGUGGAUGCGUAUGCAACCAAGUAUGAUGCCGUCAGCUCGGUGCCAGUACACCCCAUUGGAGGCGUGGCCCCACAAGCAGCCAAGGAGGCGGCAGCGACAGCAGCAGGCGCACCCCGUGCAGCAGCGCCGCAGGUGGCCGCGGCGGCCGCGGCGCGCAAGCAGCAGCGCGACCGGCAGCAGCUGGAGGGCGUGCAGCUGCGCCUGGCGCGGCUGGGGCUGCUGCAGCAGCAGGCUCCCGCCUCGCCGGCAUCCUCCUGCGGCGCCUCCCCCUGUGGCAGCGAUGCUGGCGUGCUCGGCGAGUCGCCCAGCAGCGUGCUGGCUGCCAGCCAGGCAAUGCGGGGCAGCGGCGCAUCUGCCCGCGUCGUGGGCUUUGCGGCCGCAGCCGAGUGCCCGCCCUGCCGCUGGCGGCCCAAGAACUCGCAGACGUCGCGGCGGCCAGCGGGCCUGCUAGGCUGGCGGCUGCAGCGGCGCGACGUGGCGGCAUCGGCCGCCUGA